AACAAACCGGAAUCUUAGCUCAAGAGCGUGUAUCCAGCAAGACCUCAUUUAGAAUGGUUCUGGAACCCUCCUCGUUAUUUCCGUGAUACAGUUCUGAGGUGCCCUGCGCACGGUUGAGUCGGCGAAGCGACAGUUGAGGUGCCCUGUACCUGAGUCGGCGAAACGAACUGGGGUGCGUUUCCCGAAGCCUUCUUAACGUUACGUCAUUCGGAGGAGGAUGGAGUGCCCCCAGUGCAGGAGGGAAUGUGGGCAGAAUGACAGGUUCUGCAGUGACUGUGCCUAUGAUCUGUGCUCUGCCAAGACACCUGUCACAGACUCUGACCAACAGGAAGGGCCUGAGCACCCAGUCUGUGAGAGCCACACCCACUCUAAUGACCACGCCCACUCCGAUGGCCACGCCCACUCCGAAGACCACACAGACCCUGGCCCUCCUGAAGUCAAGGAAAAGGAAACUGUGAAAGAGGAGGAAGAAAAGUCCCAGCAGAGAGACACAAUACCUGAGCACAUCACAUCUUGCAUGCCUGUCCCAGGUGCAGAUUCUGAGUAUCAGGAGGAGACCACAGACAACAGAUCCAGGCUGGGCCCAGAACCAGCCCCAGAGAAGACAUCCUCAUGCCUGGCCCAGUCCCAACCCUCUGCAGACCCAGCUAAGUCAGACCUAAAGAGUGGUUUAGUGGAAACUGGUAACAUGGACGGGACUUUGAGUCAGCACACCAAAGACCCUGAGUGUACUGCACAGGAGGAGGAGGAAACUGAAGACUCAGAGGAGAGAGUGAGCGUGUCUAAAGAUGAGGCCAUCAGUAAAGAGCCUUCUGUACCUGGGAAGUUGGCAGUGGAGUCCCCAGUGGAGACAUCUGCUAUCGUCCGAUGGGUCCAGUGGAUUCUCCAUAUCCUGGUGGUGUUCUUCAGAUUUGCAACAAGGAAGCUCCAAGGUCACAUACCAACAUCCACCCCCAGUGUGGCAAGCCCUGUGCCCCUGGGAGGGUGGAAGCCACUGAUGUGA